CGGACCGCAGCCAACGGGGGAGGGGGGAUGGUGGACGGACGGAGACCGAGGAGGAGAACACGCCUGCGCCAUGAGCAGCUUCGGCGGCCGGAUGCGGGAGUAUCCGUGGCUGUCCAUAGACCGCUUCGACCGGGAGAACCUGCGGGCCCGGGCCUACUUCCUGUCCCACUGCCACAAGGAUCACAUGAAAGGGCUGAGAGCACCUUCCUUGAAAAGAAGAUUGGAGUGCAGCCUGAAAGUUCACUUGUACUGUUCACCGGUAACCAAGGAGUUGCUGCUGACUAGCCCGAAAUACAAAUUUUGGGAGCAUCGCAUUGUUGCCCUUGAAGUUGAAACUCCAACUCAGAUUUCUUUACUCGAUGAAGCGUCUGGUGAGAAAGAAGAUAUAGUGGUGACACUUCUACCAGCUGGUCACUGCCCAGGAUCAGUCAUGUUUUUGUUUCAAGGCCAAAAUGGGACUGUACUUUAUACUGGAGAUUUCAGACUAGCAAAAGGAGAAGCAGCUAGAAUGGAGCUCCUGCAUUCGGGAACCAGAGUGAAAGACAUUCAGAGUGUAUAUUUAGACACCACGUUCUGUGAUCCCAGAUUUUAUCAGAUACCAAGCAGAGAAGAAUGUUUAAAUGGGAUAUUAGAGUUAGUGCGAAGCUGGAUCACUCUGAGUCGCUAUCAUGUUGUAUGGCUAAAUUGCAAAGCUGCCUAUGGAUAUGAAUAUUUAUUCACAAACCUCAGUGAAGAACUUGGAGUCAAGGUCCAUGUGAACAAACUGGACAUGUUCAAAAACAUGCCAGAAAUCCUCUACCAUGUUACCACAGAUCGGCACACUCAGAUUCAUGCAUGUCGACAUCCACGGGAUGAUGACUAUCUUCGGAAUAGGUUGCCUUGUGGAUAUGUCCCGAAAUGGAACCCUUUACGUAUAAUUGGUGAACCUUCCACAAUGUGGUUUGGAGAGAGGACAAGAAAAACCAAUAUAAUAGUAAGGACUGGGGAGAGUUCAUACAGAGCUUGCUUCUCUUUUCAUUCCUCUUACAGUGAGCUGAAAAGAUUUCUGGGUUAUAUCUGCCCUGUGAAUGUGUAUCCCAACGUAGUUCGUGGGUCAACAGCAGAUGAAGUUGUAAAAAUCUUAAAGCCACUCUGCAAGUCAUACAGUAUAAAUAGCGAGCCCAAUAAACCACUUGGAACACUGAAGAGAUCCAGAACAAUGGACUUAACAGACACAGAUGAGGGCAGUGAUGAUCUCUUCGAUACAGAAUUGACUCCUGUAAGGCAUAAGAUCCCAAAACAUCACGUGGAGACAACGCUGCCUGAGACAAAGGCUUCAUCUGAAAAUUCUGAAGGAAGCUGUAGUGAGAACAUGGGAAGUUACAGCACCACUAUGCCUAUGUCUUCGCAGGUAGACUUCAUAGACUGUGAGGAAUCAAAUGGUGAAGAUGAUGAAGGAGAAUCUGAAAAAAAUACAGUUUGGGCUCAAGUUGUAGCCCACAAUCGAGACUCCCCUUUGAUACUGGGAAAUCCAAAUGAAGAAACCCAUUCGGGCUUGACCUGUGCAUUGACUAGUGGCCAGCAGGAAUCGAAUGCAGAUAUGCCACAAUGGGGAUGUUUUUUUAAGCGAGAUAUUAAAACUACAGAUGAUAGUUCUGAAAACGAGGACCAUCCCCAAUCUUCCAUAGAUGCUGGUAGGUCCCAGUCACCAAACUUGUUCAGUGAUUCAGAUAGUUUAAGUGAUUCUACUCACAUCUCCUCACAAAAUUCUUCUCAGUCAACCCACAUAUCAGAGCAGGGGAGCCAGGGUUUGGACAGCCAAGCAGACACAGUACUCAUCACCUCCCAACAGACACAUGGUGCAGAUUUCAGCUUUUUGAACAAAGGUGGGAGCAGAGUAACAGUUUCUGUGUCACAUUUCAUGGCCAUGGAUAAUCAAACUGAAUCCCAUAGGUGGAAGCCUUUGGAGCAAAAUACACCUUGCCCAGAUAAUAUUGACUCUGAUUUGAAAGGGAAAAUCCAAGAGAUGAAUGCAGAAGCUGGUGCUGCUCAAACACAAAACAUGUUAAUUGAAGUAAAUAAUGAGAAAUCGAAGACUCCUAAUCCAGAAUUAGAAAGAGACUCUCAGAGCUCCUCUGACUUUGAAAUCCCUUCAACCCCCGAUGCUGAGUUACCUAGACCAGAUAAGCUGCACGUCCUGUACAAGAAGCUAGCAGCAGGUGAAACGAUAUACUGACUGAAGGAAUCUCUUCUGAAUUUAGGAGCUUCUCUUAAAAUAUGGACAGACAUGCACACGAGUCAACCUAAGCUGUAUUCAGAAGUAUAUAAAAAUUGUACUUAUCCCCACUUCUCUGUUCAGGGCAGACUUACUACAUUUCCUUGGAAAUCUCUCACUACUGAUUGUAGAGACACUAGGAUGUGCAAUAAAUUUUCCUUGUCAAUGAACUCCUGAAAAGGAAGAUAUUCCUGGAAAAGAAAUGAAAUGUAUUACUUGGUAGGAGGAAAACACUAAGCUGACAAACUGAAAAAGGUAUUUAACCAAAGAAGUGGACAGUGCAUCUUGGACUGGUGAGACAUGCAGGUGUGCAGUAGAGAGGGGAAGGAGAAAUAAACCAAAGAAGGUAAAGACAGGAGCACGAAGUGAAAUUUAGUUGAGUGAUAUCAAGCCUUCUUUAAGAGUCGGCAGGUAGCUAACCAGAUCUUUGAAUUUGUAAAUAUGUCUAUAUCCAAGGCAAUCUUUAUAAAGCUAUGUUUUAAUAAACUUUUUAUAAAACUCUUAA